UGGUAUGCUGCCCCUAUGAAAGUGGAUCAAGUGGCAUGAUCUUACACAUUACACCUUUAAAGAAGAUGUUAUGGUGAAUAAACAUUCACUGUACUUUAUAUGGCUAACCUUGUGAGAAAAACAGUGACUUCCAGAGUGUGUCCAUGUGUUCAUUCACCGAUUUGAAUGAAUGAAUGUAUUUUAGUGCACAGUUGUAGUAUGAUGAAGCAUAAACUGCACAAUGAACAGUCAGAGAGUGGUCCCCUGGUGGAGAGAGAAAAAUCAAGAUGAAAGUUAUCAUUUCAUUAUGGUGUGUGAGAAAUGAAGCAGACAAUGGCCGCUUCUUCCUGUGCUCUGCCGCCCCCAGAAGGCGCAGGCCGGUACUGCUACAACCAGACAUAAUAGGCAGUAGGAGUGGAUGAGCCUGAGCCGAGCAGGCAGUCUGUAAUCACAGGGAACACUCUCGUUGGAGGUGAUACGGUCCUCCGUCCUCCGCCUGCCAAUCCUCCACUUCCGACCUGAAACAGGAGCCGCUGUGCGGAGCAGGAUGUAUCGAUCUGUUUGGUUGUAGUGCUUCCAGCGGAUCCUCCAUGCGUCAGUCCUGGGAAUGGAUCAGGAAUCCGGUGUGGCGUCUGCAGGGAGUUUCAUCUCCCUGAAUGAACAUGAGCAGAGGUAUUACUCAGGUCUCCACAGCCUGUGUCAGGCUGACACUUCAGGAAAACUGUCGUCCAGCAAAGUGGCAGAGCUGUUCAAGGCGUCUCAGCUACCUCCUGAAUCCCUGCAUAAAGUGACCGAGGUGUGUGGAGCAAAGCGUCUGGGUUACUUUGGUACACCUCAGUUCUAUGUGGCCCUGAAGCUGCUCGCGGCCGCCCAGUCUGGUCUGCCCGUUCGCCUGGAGAGUGUAACGGCCAAUCUACCUCUGCCCAGAUUUGUUGGGCUGAAGAAUGAACCAGACAUGCGAUACCCGACCGCCCCUCCCAGCACAGAAGGUCAGGGGGCUCAGUCUGGGACUGCUCCUGGUUCUGUCUCAUGGUCUCCAGCUGACAGGAGCACCUUCAGACACCUGGAGGCAGGUGUAGAGAAGAAGGAGUCUUGGUCUCCACCGCGCUCACCGUGCAGUUCACCCCCCUGCUCUCCACUUACCUACCGCAGCUACUCGUACACCACGCAGAGAAAUGGAGCAGACUCACAGAUGACCUAUGACAGCAAACAAUCCUCACGGCCGACUGCUCAGCUGGAGCAGCACUCCUCGUCCAGUAACUACGGGACUAAACCCACUGUGGAGCACCCUGCUAUGGCUCGGGCGUCUUCAGCAGAGCGGCUGGCCCAGCAGGGUGUAGUGGACUAUUCUGACGAUGACCCCUGGAGGAUCACAGAGGAACAGCUGGAGUAUUAUACAAAUCAGUUCAAGACCCUGCAGCCUGACCUGGGGGCUCUCAUCCUGGGAGCUGUUGCGAAAAACUUCUUCACAAAAUCCAAGCUCCCAAUACCAGAGCUCUCCCACAUUUGGGAGUUGAGUGAUGUGGAUAGAGAUGGAGCUCUCACUUUCUUUGAGUUCUGCACAGCCUUUCACUUGAUUGUGGCACGCAAAAAUGGUUACCCUCUCCCAGAGAGCCUCCCUCCAACCCUGCGGCCAGGGUUCAUGCAGCAGGAAGAGGACAUACCGGACACUCCUGAGAGUGCAGAGCCUCUAAUUGUCUUUGAGGAUGCUGAACCAAGGCCCAGUCAGAUGGAUCGAAGCAUCAUAGAGAGAAUCCAGCCAAGUCUGGCAACAACAAAACAGGAUUUGAAAGAGGAAUCUUGUAAACAAGAUGCAAGUUUGAAGAGGGCGACAACAUCUCAAGAGAAACGGACUCUGCAACUCUGUGCUUUUCCUGAGCGGCCAGAACCGCCUCAGGACCUGGACCCACAGAUGAGGACAAAAACCAGGCCGAGGUCCUACUCCAGCACCUCUGUUGAUGAUGCAAUGAAGAAGGCAGAGGAGCCUCCGACUCCACCGCCUCGGCCCCAGAAAACCCACUCCAGAGCCUCCUCACUGGACCUCAACAAACUCUUCCAGCAGGGCGCUCCCGGAGUAAAAAGUGGAUGGUUACCACCUCCUCCCGCCCUCCCUCCAAGACCGAUAACCUCACAGGUUCCUCAUUUUAUCACCACCUCAGAGAAAACUCCCCCGAAUAAAGUGCAGCAGCCAAACUUUGCUGACUUCAGUCACUUUAGAGAAGAGGAGGAGAGCAGUGUAAAACCUGAGGAACAGGGUCUACAAUCUAAAUUUGGUCCAAGCACAGAAGACUUGACAAAUGCUUCAAAACAGGACGUGGCUGGUGUUUGUCACAGUCAGGCUCCACAGAAACCAGUUCGCAGGAAAUACCACACAGAGACCCAGAACCAGGAGACCGCACCUCCACCUGUCAUGUCGUAUCCUCCCCCUGCCAAGCCUGCUCAGAAACUGUCCAGACAGAAGAGGGAGAUCCAGAUGGCGAUCCGUAAGAACAAAGAAACCAAUGCAGUGCUGACACGCCUCAACAGCGAGCUCCAACAACAACUCAAGGUGGUUCACCAGGAGAGAGUCACCCUGGAGUCCCAGCUGGAGCUGCUGCGUCCUCUGGCCUCGACAUGACGGAGCCUCAGGUCUGGUCAGAAUCAUGUCAUCAGUAUUUGACAUACUUAAAGUUGUUGUUUUUUGUGAUGAAUACAGAGGAAAUGUAAAAGGGCUGAGGAUGGAAACAAAGUUGCAUUGUUGACAUAGUGGGAUGUCCAAGUGUUACUUUGUAUUACUUUUAAUGCUGUUGGAUUGAACCAUGCAUUUUUAAUCACUGUAUGAUGUGCACAUGUAAAAAAUCCUGUUGUUCAUUGUGACAUUCUAACUUAUUUUUCUCUUUUGAGUUACUCUUAGUUUCUCCCAUUAAACUUACUUUGCUUACAAUACAUGUAACAAUUUUGUGCACAUAUUGCCAACGACUCUGGUUAUGUUCUGUGUUAAUAAUGGGAACUGUCUUUUUUUUUUUUUAUAAACAGUGCAUUUCAUGAGUAUCCACAUGGUCUAAAGCGAGUGAUGGUGCUACAGAUUAGUUUAUGAAUCCGGUUACUUUUUGCACUUGAAGUUUCCAAAAUGCACAUUUACAUAGUUGAGUUUGAUUUAGCUGCACGUUUUCAGUCUUCACACGUUUUGAUUGUCUGUUGUCAGACUGUAGCACUGUCCUGUGUGACCAUGAGGACACAGAGGAAUGUUAACACUUCUGACACUGGAUUUGUAUGAAAUAUGUACAUUUUACUUGAAAUUGGGCUCCAUAUUUAAUUUGAGCUCUGUCUAAACUUUUAAAUUCCCUUAUGUUUAUUAUCAUAUGAAGUUAUUUCCAGGUUGCAUCCAUACUGUAUUGCUCAAGUUUUAAAAAAAAAUGAUCUCCAAAAACCAAAAGAAAAGAAACGAGCACAAUUCCUGUUAUGUUUUGCAAGAUAAAUUUCAAUCUGUCCGUAUGAGCAGAUGUGGUUUUAAUUUGAUCUAUGCAAAGAUGUGGUGCUACUGAAGCUUGCUUAAGAUAAUUUUUCCCCACAAAUCUAGAUUGUUAAUGAUGGUAAAUGAAGUGGUUGAAUUACAUGAUGGCAUGCUUGAUACUGCAUGUUUUAAAAUGAUGUGAGCACUGGACUGUCAAUUAGCCUGAAACCAUGCACAACUGAGCUCUGGG